AUAUAUAAAGCUUUGUUCAUUUAGUUUAAAUAGCAUACCCAGAAAACGGAAUAGAAAAAAAGAAAACAAUCUUCACCAUAGGUGCUUGUGAAAAAAAACUAUGUUACUUCAAGGAAAAGUUCGCUGAACGACAAUGGAUAUUUGUUAUAGCUUUUUGGAUGUCUGUUCCCUCGUGGAUCUUGCACCGUGUCCUCCUCCGGACAUCGAGGCCAACACGUUUUAUCAGCAUUUGACCGCAAGAAACUUGACCGUGCAGCUUGUGUUACAGAUUGCGGUCCGGUGUGGUAUAUCAGAUAUAUCACUGACUUCUACAGAUCGGACUACUUUGAACAACUUAUCUUCCACUGGGUUAUAUUGGACAACUCAAACCGAUUCGACAACGAGACACACCUAUUCGACAAAUCAAACAUUUUCGACAACGACGCAAAUCGAGUUUACAAGUCAACCCGAUUCGACAACGAGGCAAACCAUUUAUGGGAGUAGUAAUAUAACUACCCUCUGGAACAAUCCAAAAUUCUUAAUUCCUGUUUGCGCGGGAGUUAUGCUAGUUAUCAUCAUUACCUUUAUCGUUUUGAGAAAGAGACCAUGUCAAAGAAGUAAUAAGGUGCAUACGGCAGGAAAUAAACCCGUGGAUUGGAAAGAAGACAGUUCAGCCGUGACAAAAGACAAUCAACCUCCUUGCACUUACCAAGAAUCAACGGAGACAAGAAUGAACACCUAAACGAUUGUACACGAAAUGUCAAAUAGACAAAUGGAGCGAACAAAAGAGAAAAUAUAUGACUGAAACAAAUGGAUAUAACGAAACUCUUGAUCCAUGUGUGAGAAAUGGACAUGGAGACUUAUAGUUUAUUCCGUUUCUAGCUCAUCUUUAAAUGUGUUAGCUGCUAGGCAAAUACCUUCCGUAAACAUGUCAUUAACUGCCCACUGCAGUUGUGAAUGUGCAGUUUUUAAUAAGCAUAUAUUAUAAAACAGGUAUUUCUUUUUAAGAUGUUGGUCAUGGGUUACAUUUUAAAUUUAUUAAAAUUUUAUUUGCAAUGUUCAAUUGCUUUUUUAUAAAGCAUGGAAGAAUAAGACGUAAAUGGAAAUUAGCACAUAUCCAUUAAAGAUCCACUCUUACUCCCAACUUAGAUGUUUAUCAAAUACAAAAUUGUUGCAGCGAAAGGAUGAAUAAAUAUCGAAAACAAAAGUUCAUAUGAAGGAUACCGAUAUUUCUACCUUAUGAGUUGGGUUUUUGUAUGGUAUCAAUAAACACAUUCUGUAAGUAAAUAUAUUCUGAAAUAAAUAUGCUUAGUGUUGUUGUAGUGAAGAACAGUACCUAUUUGAAUGAUUUAGGUUUCUACUUAACCAAUUCUGUUCUGUUUAGCUUAGUUCACUGUAGAAUAUGAACGUGUGCCCCUGCACAAAUCCAUAUUCAUUCACCCAAGAAAAGAUUUAGUUUUUGCAAUGGAAGCUAGUAAAAAUAUGAAAUGACAAGAAAAGGGAGCGAAUUGUUGUUGGUAUAGAGAUAUUGCGCAAAGAACAUGCACGUGUAAAAAAGAAGUAGUUUAUAGAAUGUUUUCUCCAAUCUCAUACCCAGUGAUUUUCCACAACAAGAAGAAUAGGUAUCGAGUACAGUUGAAUUUCGUAUAAACAUUGUAUCAAGAUUAUUAUUUUUUUCAAUUCUUCUUUGUUUUUAUAAUUGUUCAAUUAAUCAUUCAAGGUGCAUUGAGGUUAAAAUAAACUGUAUAUAUAUAUAUUUCCAAUUAAAGAUGAUUUGCUUAGUAUUUAUGGUUUCGUGAUUUCUAUAGUUGCAGUGAUUACUGUAUUGUAAGAGAAGUAACACUGCGAGGAGUUUGGUGUUUCUUAAGUAAAACGAAUUAUAGCCAUGUUUUAAAUAGGACAGGAUGCUGGAAAAGAUGGACACGACGAGCGCAUUGCAUUGUGCGGAAAAUAAUUUUUGAAUUUGACACAACAUGUUAAAGACUGUUUAAUUGAAAUCAUGUUAGCUUUGUUCUGUAAAAUAUGUUAUGUUAGUCAUUAUAAGUUUU